AUGAUCAAUGAUAGUAUUGACAGCUGGAGGAUGGGAUCCGAAAUUAAUGGAUUCGCUCGAAAGGGGUUUGGUCUCGUCGAUCAUCGUGCCUAUUUCGACGAAGACGCGACUUUGACGCGGGUGAAAAACUCGAAUACCGGUCCCGAGAUCCGUUAUAUCAACCCCGCCAUUUAUACGGAAUCCAUCGGCGAGGAAGGGCCUGAGAACGAUCGCGAGCAAGAUCCAGGGUGUCGUGAGGGAAACGCGAAUAAUCGUGACUCCAACAUUUCGGUGAACGAUCUGCCUGUCGUUGCGGGGGAUACAACGUGCGCUGAUCACGCGAACGAGCAUCCGGGACAGAGCACUUACAGGUGUUACACGACGUCCAUUCCGGACUCCUCCCUGGAACCCUCCACGGCUCGAUCUGCGACCUCGUCCGCGAGCACCGCGCGGGUGGAGCGACGAUGCAAGAUUGUUUCCGUUGAUCAGAAUGAGGCAAACGUUGAUCAGAAUGAGGCAAACGUUGAUCGGAAUGAGACGAUAAGACGGGACAAGUGCGUCCUGGACGGUCGGCAGGUCGUGCGAAUUUCCACGACGUCGAUCACGACGAAAUCAAGCAACGUCGACGAUCGUCAGGCGUCGAACGGAUGCGACCUCGACAGAAGGAUCGCUUAUUCGGAGUGGAUGCGGAGGAAGCACGAGGCCGCGCAGCGGGCGAGGGAGAAAGAGGAGCGCGCUGCGAGGAAGCGGGAGGAGGAGGAGGAGAGGGCGGCGCGGGAGAAGGAGGAGAGGACGCGGCUGGAAAAGGAGAACUUCCUCAAGUGGGUCGAGAGGAAAAGGCAGCAGGAGCUCGACAGGAGAGCGAUGCUCGAGAACGAGUUGGAAUUGCAGAGGCGUCUGAAGAAGCUCGAGGAUAAUCUCGCCGGCGCGGAUAUCACGUAUCUCCGUCGGUGGUAUCACAGGAAGAAGGAGGAGCGGAAGACCCGAUGUAAGGAGCAGGAGGCGAGGCAGAGGAAACUGGACGAGGAGCGCGAGAGGCGGCUGGAGCAGAGCAGGAGGGCGUACGAGAAGUGGCGAGAGAAUUCUAAGAACAAGCCCAAACCCGCCACGCAAGGACUACUUCCGCAUCAGAAAGCGAAGCCAGGAUACGUAAAUCCAAUUCCUUGGCAAUCGAUCGUGGAGAUCGAUCCCGAUGAAGCGCAGUAGGAUACGUUUCUCGAGAAGAGGGGGAAUAUAAAUCGGUUGAAGAUGAGCGGCAGAAAAACGAUCGCGGCGCAUCAAUGACUGUAAUCGAGAAAAUCCAUUGGAACACCUGAAAUACGAUUUGAACACGAGAAUUUAUAAUUUUAUUAGCGUAUAAUAAAUUAAAAAAUCUUUCCGAUCAUUUCUUGCCGUUAAAUUAAACACAAGUCUUACUUGGGGGCUUUAAUUGUCAAAAAAUUUAAUUAUAAUACAAAGAUAUGCAAGGUAAGAAAAAAUGAUUU